AUGCGGCGCGUCCCAAAUAUACAGCCCAAGUGUCGUCCUCUUGUCCCAAGAAAGAAUUCAGGGACGCGCAGAGCACAGCAGAAGCGCGACACAGACGGGGAAGCCUGCCGGAGCCACGUCCGCGCUCGGCCUGUGCGAGCCGGAGGCCCCGACGGAGACCGCGCCGCUCCGCGCGACCGGCGGUCGUCGGCCGGGGGCCGGGCCGCGGGCGACUCGGGCUGGGCCUUUCUCGCGAGCAGCGCUUCCGCGCCUUUUCUUCCUUAUUUGGUCGCGCGCUUCCGGUCAUGGCGCCCGCCAUCUUGGGCCCGGCCGGCGCGAUCCGGCUUCCUGUGGCGCGCGGCGCGCGCGGGCCCCUCACUUCGCGGGCGCGUGGGCUCGCCGCGCGGCUUGCGGUUCUCGGCGAGCGCGGGCCGCACGCAGCCCGCCGCCUGCCCUGACGGCAGCGGAGACGGGGCGACGGGGCGACGCGGGGCCCGGGUGCGACCGCGAGCUCGUCGUCUGCGCACGGCCCCUGACACAAAGGCCUGGGAGGUCGGGCCUGGGGCGCGUUUCGCGGCCCCGCCUGCGGGCGACCGGGUCGCGGGGGCGGAGGCCCUGUCGGCGGCUCUGAGGGCGGAUUCUCCCGCGGCGGCUGUGCUUCCCGCUCGAGGCCGCCUCCGAGGAAGGAGCCCGCAGACCGAGGGCCGAGGAGAAGAAAUGGCUGAUGCUCAGGGACUGCUGACAUUCAGGGAUGUGGCCAUAGAAUUCUCUCAGGAGGAGUGGGGAUGCCUGAACCUCGUUCAGCGGGAAUUGUACAGGGAUGUGAUGUUAGAGAACUAUGGAAACCUUCUCUUCUUGGGUCUUGUUGUGUCAAAGCCAGACCUGGUCAUCUUUUUGGAGCAAAAGAGGGAGCUCUGGGAUGUGAAGGGAAAGGAGACAGUAGCCAUCCACCCAGGUAGGUGGGAAUGA